CUUCUCCGGUGCAUCCACACCACCGGUGACUCGUCACUCCGCGCUGGAAGAUGGCUGCGGUGCAGCGGACCCCGGUCAGGGAAGGGAUCCGGAUAGUUUCGCUGUGUGUGUGCUGGUACACGGUCAGCUCGGGGGGAAAUAUUGUCAACAAAAUCAUCCUCAAUGGAUUCCCGUACCCGGUCACGGUCUCUCUCUUUCAUAUCAUCUCUAUCGUCGUCUUCCUCCCCCCGCUGUUGCGGGCUUGGGGAGUCCCCAAAACAGAACUGCCGAGCAGGUACUACUGGUGGUACAUCCUGCCUUUAGCUUUCGGAAAAUACUUUGCCUCCGUGUCGGCUCACUUCAGCAUAUGGAAAGUGCCCGUGUCGUACGCGCAUACCGUCAAAGCUACAAUGCCGAUAUGGGUUGUGCUGCUGUCGAGAAUUAUCAUGAGAGAGAAGCAGACCACAAAGGUAUACGUAUCGCUCAUUCCCAUCAUUGGUGGGGUGCUGCUGGCCACAGUGACCGAGCUGUCCUUUAAUAUGACGGGACUAAUCAGCGCUCUGGCUGCCACGCUCUGCUUCUCACUGCAGAACAUCUUCUCCAAAAAGGUGUUGCGUGACACGCGGGUCCACCACCUGAGGCUGCUGAACAUUUUGGGCUUUAACGCUGUGAUCUUCAUGCUGCCCACCUGGGUUCUGGUGGACCUCUCUGUGUUUCUGGUGAAUGGAGACUUGACGGAUGUUUCGGGGUCCAUGAGUACCAUUAUCCUGCUGCUCAUCAGCGGGUUCUGCAAUUUCGCUCAGAACGUCAUCGCCUUCAGUAUACUCAACAUCGUCAGCCCGCUCAGCUACGCCGUCGCCAACGCCACCAAGAGGAUCAUGGUCAUCAGCAUCUCGCUGCUAAUGCUGCGAAAUCCCGUCAGUUUGACAAACGUCCUGGGAAUGAUGACGGCUAUCGUCGGAGUCUUCCUUUACAACAAGGCCAAGUAUGACGCUAACAAGGAGAAGAAGCUGCUGCCGGACUCCAAACAGGACCUGAUGUCCUUUGACAACCCGGCGCUGGAGAAGAUCCAGGCCAACGGGUCAGUGCCUUUCCCCCACAGCCCGGAGCAGCAGCAGCAGCAGCACAGCUGGAACCACGUCCUGACUGACCACUUCCAGUACAGCCAGCAGACCUACACGACAAACUACAGCAGCAACCACCAAUAUGUGGUGUAAAGGAGGACUCGUCCUCACUCUGGUAGCUGUCAUAGACAUUACUGCGUGUAGCCCGGCGGCUCAAAGACAGGUCUCAAUCACCUGGAGACUGAGGGCUGUUUGUGUUGAAGAAUGAGGUGUCUGACAUCACAGGCCAGUCAUGUGACCUCUCCCACCCCUUCUCUCUCCCUGUCUAAACUUCAUUUUGAGUCAGCUUUGGUGUAGGUCUUUUUUUAUUUCUUUGGUACUGACUGAACGCGACGGUUAGAAUCUGUUUGUAUCGGCCUGGAAGGUAGCUGGAAAAGGAUCUCCACACGACUGUUUGCAGCCAUAACAUUCUAGUUUGUUUACUUUGAGAGGAAAGGACGUCAUCUGUAACCAUCACUGUGAAUGUUGACGUGCACCGAAUUACGAGUCUGUCGUGUCUUUCAGUUCAGUCAAGAUCCUUAAAAUUUUUAGGUUUUGGCAUUUCAUGUCUUUUUUUUCUCUCUCUUUAAAAUUUACUUGAGACAAUGUGGGGAGAUACAAACUGUUGAGUUAGUCAUCAGUGAAUAAAUUUUAGCCUUAACGCUGAUGGGAGUUCUUGGGAAUAUAGUGGGUUUUGUAGGUUUGAUCUGAUAUUGCGAUUGGCAAUGUUUUCAACACCAAGUGUUAGUCGUUCAUUCUUUCUGUCCAGAUUGAAACAUAUCAACAAUCAAGAUGGGUUGUAAUGAUAUUCUAUAUAGUUAAAAACCUCACAGAGCCUCUAGCAUAGCCACAGACUGAAUACAUUCAAUCGAUAUCCACACUCCCACUAAUAAAAGUGCCCAAUUAGGAAAAAUGCUCCAAAUUAAAAGUGUAUGAGUCCAUUGAUGUUCAUAAAUGUUUAAUAAAGCCAAACACUUAUGAAAACCACAUCGCUGAACGAAGAGCGAGACCAUUUCUGUUAUCUAGAAAGGUCAGUGACCUCGUACAGAUCUGUGCUUCUCCCUGGUGAAACAGAAAAUAGCUUAAUGUAUUAUUUGUUGGUAUAAAUGUGGCUCAGGAGGUUGAGCGGGUCGUCUACUAAUCAGAAGGCUGGCGGUUCAAUUCCCAGCUGCUCGUCAAAGUAUCCUGAACACACCGACACUCCAGUUUGUGUGUGCGUGGAUGUCAGCUUAGAAAAAGCUCUUGUACGAUUAUGUCUUUGAAUGAAUGAAUAAGGCCUAAAAUUAGAUUUGCAUAACAAAAGAUGCGCAGCUUCAUGCAUGAAGGAUGUAUUUGUUUCUUCUGUAUCCCACCACAUAAAAUAUAAUGGAGGUGUUGAGACUGUCAUGGACUUUUUGGUUUAUUUGUAUUUAUCAGUCUGCGAAGCUUCAAGCUUUGGUUCAAGCUCAGCCUGAACCAAAAGCUGCUCUGUCAUGUUUCAGUUUUUAAAAACAGAACGCCGUGUCGAGUUUGCACGUCUUCAAACCACUUGAUGUGUUUUCUUUUAAUUUGUCAACACUGGCGUCAUAGAGUCACUGGACAGAGGUUUGGAUUGUGCAAUGAAAGAUUCACCUGUAAUUUCAGGUGGGCUUUCUAUCGUCACUACUGAUUGCAUUACUGAGCAUCUCUGUAAAGUGCAGGAAGACAGUUUUUCUUUUUUUGUGACUCUGUUGCUUUGGAAUCGAGCGUCGGUUGUGAGCUUGUUUUCUUUUAUGGUUUUUGGGGAGGGUUAUUAAUUAAAUGCUGUCACAGUAUUCAGUGAUUGGUGGGUUUUUCCCCACCACAAACCAGUGUCUCCAAAACGUGUCUGUUUACUCCUUUCUAGAUUCAUGGAGAAAACUAGCUAUUAACUGCCACCAUGUUAUUUUAUUUUUUAUUAAAUUACAUACUGAAAUUUAAGUCCUCUAAAAUAAUUCUUACACUGAGUAAUCAGAAACAUUGCAAUACAACCAAACUCGCUGUCCAUUGUUUUGAAAUAUAGUUUGUGUGUUGUUGUCUGUUGUUCACUUUGAGGCUGUCUGUUGUUUGUGUUGGCCUUCGUGACAUUUUCCCCACCGUAAACGGUAACCAUAAAUAAAAACAAACAAAGUGAUGAAUUCAAACUUCUAUGACUUCAGCAUCCAUUUCAAAUGUUAGAUUUAAUCAUCUCAGCCUUUAUCUACCGAGCAGCAUAGUUUCAGUUUUG